UUAACACCAUUCAUACACCAAAUACAUUCGAAAACAAAAAUGUCAUAAACUAUAAUCUAAGAAUAUCCACAAGAACAUUUUUAGCCUAAAAUCGGUAGAAAAAUAUGAAGAUUUAGCCUUGGCCGGGAAAACAAUAUUCUUAUUCAUAAAAAAAGAGAGUUAAGUCAGUUUGAACAAGAAUUCCAGGUCGAUCGAAGGAGGCGUGGGAGAAGGUCCCCCAAGGCACGAAAAAAGAUCAGAGCACCUUCUCAGGUGAUUAAAGCGGCUUUCCUGACACCUCGCAAUCAGUGGUCCAAAUGGAAUGGCGUUUUAAUAAAACAAAACUGUACUCCUUUAUUAAAUCUGUACAACGGGACUGCUAAUUUACAUUUUCUUCGACCAUUUCUCCAACGCUCAAAAACUCAUUUUAUUCUAAGAUGCGAAGAAGAGGGUGAAUCGAUCGCGUCUUGAAAACGACCGACCAUAUCCAGCCAAAACUAGAAAUCGGCCUCAAAUUCUGGAUCAACCGGAAAUGAACUGUUCUAUAAUCAGUAUUAAAAUCACCGGCUGGUUGAUCCAAGGUUUCGGCAAACAAUGGGGUCAAUUUGCAUUGUACAAAGUUGAAUCCUCUUCGCUUUUUAGUACCAAAAAAAAAAUAUUCCAGUCCUAUAUUUUUGUCCCCGUUAUUGUGUAAACUGAAAUUUAAUGCAUGGACAACGAAACGUCUUUGUUAUUUGUUGUUGCCCCCAAGCAAUUUAUUUUGAGUUCAAUAUUUGACCUAGCAACCUUUGUUUUUUUAUUAAUUUAGCUUGCUUUUAAGUUUGGUUUUAGUUUGACACAAAUUGAACUGUUUUCAGGCUGCUAAAAUUUACCCAAGCAAACUCCUGUAGCUUGCUUGGGUAGCCUCUAUCCUACCAUUUAGCAUGGAGUGCAUGUACCAACCGCCGCAAAAAGCUUUGCUGUAUAUUUACGAGAAGGAUGUCCGUAUGAUUUUGUUUUCCAUUGAUUUUAAUUCGAUUCCUAUUAAGAGAUGAUCAGGGGUGACAAAAACGGACAGAAAAUAGGACUGACAUAACGCAACAACCAUACGCACGAUCAAAGACAAUUUGUUCGCUCUUAACGAAAUAGCUUUUUUUGCUGCAAUUCUGCACGUUCUAUUUUUUUGAAGAGUUCAAGUCGGGAUCCGUUUCUUUGGUCCACGCGUUUCCCUGUUUAUUUUGAGACAAAACGGACUUUUCAAUCAAGUUGAUUUGUAUUUGUUCAAAAAGCCAAAACACUGAAAAGCCAUUCACUUUGCGCCAUUUAGUCACGUCCCCUUGCCCCUGUGUUUACUUAAGGACAACCACCUGUCGUAAGAUAAAAUCGUGUUGUAUAAUGUUUUACCGUCAUUUCUAAGUUGGACCACUGUACCAUUCCAGUCUCCCUGUGUAUUAAAAGUAGUCUUACCUAGAGGACAAGUUUGUAACUCAUAACCUAGGCGCUCCUCCAUAGGCACGUAACGCAUUAUAAGAAUACUUGCUUCCAGUGAAGACACUUGUCUAAUUUCUUUUUAUCACCUCUCUUCCGUCACAGCGCUGGAAACUGACAGUAUCAUCAAUUUUCAAGACUGAAUGGCGAUGUCUUCCUGUCUAAAGUUUUCCUUUCUCGCCGUUUUAUUGUUGUGUAAUGGAAGUCUUCGUGUCAACUGCUUACCCCAGCAAAGAUCUGCUUAUAAAGAUGGCCAUAUAGUGUUGGGAGGCCUAUUUGAUCUCCAUCAGAGCGCAGACAACAACAACUAUUGCGGCGAUAUACUCGGUACUAAUCUGGGUUACGCAGAGGCAAUGGUUUUUGCCAUAGAAAGCAUCAACGAGAACAAUACGCUUUUGCCGAAUGUCACCCUCGGGUUUGAUUUACGAGAUUAUUGUCUGCGUCCUGCUAUGGCUGUGGAAACCGCUUACGAACUGGUCGUGAAAAGCGAUCAUCGUUUCUCGCUCCAGAAUUGCACGAACUCUACGGAAUUCAACGGGUCUAAGUACGGCGGACUUAAAGAAAUAACAGGGGUUGUUGGGCCAAUGGAUUCCGCAAGUGCCAUAAUGGUUUCAAGUUUGUUCGAGAUAGCACACAUCCCAUCCAUUAGCCCGCUGGCAACAAGUGUGGAGUUGAGUACUACUCUAUACAGCCACUUUUAUCGAACGGUUGCUCCAGACAAUUGGCGUGCUAGUCUUUUAGCUGACACGGCGCAGUUCUUCAACUGGACAUACGUCGGUGCAGUAGCCCUGGACGACUCGUUUGGACGUUACGGAAUCUGGGGAAUAGAAAAAGAAGCUGACACAAGAGAGAACCUUUGUAUUGCCUUCAAAAGGUUUGUUCCUCGCGUCAAUCAUUUGGACAGUAUUCGAAAAAUUGUAUUCGAUCUCAAGCGCAGUGAGAAAGUUACAGUUGUUUUUAUCUGGCUUUACGGUGAGUAUGCACGGUAUUUUAUGGACGAGGUCGUUAAUCAAGAUCUUACUGGCCGAACAUGGAUCUUUACCGAUGGAACCACACCAGGAGAUCCAUUCUUCACCAAUGUCAGCUUUGCGGGAAUUUUGAAUGGAUCAUUUGGGAUUUUGCCUAAGGCUCGGCCCAGUGAGCAAUUCCAAAAAUACUUGGCCAAUCUGGCAAAGAGGAAUUUUACGGGCAGCACCCACGCAUGGUGGAAGGAGUACUGGAUUUACAUGGCAAAGAACAACAAAUUGCUGGAUACGUCAUAUCCAUUUUCAGUUCCAAUUGGUAGUCCCUUGACAAGCAGUCCUUACAUUUCGUACACUAUUGACGCCGUGUACGCAUUUGCCCAUGCUUUGCACAACAUGUACACAUGCAAAGAACCACACAGCUUGCUUAAGGGCGGUAAAUGCCCAACAGUACAGCAGUCGAAGAUAAAAGGAGACGAAUUACACUUCUACUUGCGGAAUGUAAGCUUUCAAGGACUGACAGGAACAAUAGAAUUCGACAAAAAUGGGGAUCCGCUUGACGCGAGCUACGACAUCGUGAACUUCAAAAGUACUGGCAAGGACUUUUUGGAAGUUCGCGUUGGCUGGUGGGCGAGGAAAACCAGCCCUAGACUUCACCUUAAUCUUUCAAACAUAACUUGGAACAGUCCGAGUGGAUUCAAAGGUGUUCCGUUGUCAGUAUGCUCAUUUGAUUGCAAGCCAGGUGAGCGAAGAGUGGCAAAGUCUCCUUGCUGUUGGGAAUGCGUCAAUUGCCCCCGUGGUACAAUAAACUCCAAUGGCAUUUCUUCAAACUGUUCUGAAUGUCCAGAGAGACAAAAACCCAAUGAUGAGAGGACAAAAUGCGUCGACCUUCCUCAAAAUAACUUGAGCUGGAAUACUUCUGCCAUAGCAGUGACCUGCACGGCGGUUACAGGCCUGCUUUUGACUAUCCUAUGCAUUGUAGUUUUUGUUAAGUAUCGAAACUCGCCAAUUGUAAAGGCCUCAAACCAGGAGCUCAGCUUUCUUUUAUUGAUAGUGGUGGCUUUAUUAUUCGUGUUGGCCUUUCUAUAUCUAUUGACUCCCACAGACCUUUUGUGCAGCGUUAUAAAUAUCUGGCGAUACAUCGUUCAUACUCUAUGCGUGUCCAUACUACUACUGAAGUCAAGGAAAAUAGUGAAGGCUUUUCGACUCGAGGGUCGGUUACCCAACGGUCUGACAUCCGGGCCAAAGAAAAGAAAGAAGAGCUUCCUUUUCAAAGGACAAAGACUUCAUUUACUUGGCUUGUUAUCUGUACAGAUCAUACUGAUCGUGGCAUGGACUAUUUCCGAUCCACCAUCUAAAGAAACGAUCGUUCGCCCACUUCAGUACGUGUUCAUUGUUUGCAAACCUUUCAGAUCAAUAGCUGGCGAAGUCCUCUUAGCCAUGACUAUAACCACUGUCCUUCUCCUUGCGCUUGCGUGCAUCUAUUACGCUUUUAAGGGAAGGAAAAUUCCCGAGAAUUUCAACGAAGCGAGAUACAUCGGCUUUUCCAUGUACAUUGUUCUGCUAUCCUCGGCGGCGUAUUAUCCCGUGGAAUUUGGCCUUGAGGGCUGGUACGUAGGCAUUAUUGGCGGUGUAACCACUCUCGUGAGCUCCUUCGCUCUUCUAGGUUGCAUGUUCGGACCGAAGGUUUAUGUCAUUUUUUUCAGUCCUGAACAAAACACGCGCGAGGCAAUUAGCACAGAAAUUGCCAAGUAUUCACUUUCCACCUCUGCAGCCACUGCGAUAACAAGCAAAGCAUCGCGCGUAACCCCUCAGGUUAGUCCCGAGUCAUCAAUAUGAAGUAAUCAAAGAAGUAAUCAUCUUGGUAGGAGCCUUCCACGGCCUUUGCUUUUGCCAUGAUCACUUCAUAUGGUGCCUAGUAACGACCUCUGACAAAAACCAAGGGUCAAGCCAAAUGAUUUUAGGACUGGAUUCCGAGCGACAGAGAUACUUCAGCGUUGUCCGGAAAGGAAACCCGUGAGAGAUGUCGCGUUUAAGCUCAGUGACCUUUAUUUACAUUUUUGUCAGUUCUACUUGUUCGUAUUUGAUAAAUCGUCAGAUAAAGGGGUAUUCUCGAGAGGUUUUGGACAGUAACAGUUGAGAUUGUGUCUUGACGAGUUUAUGUCUCGAUGGAGGAGGGAAAAAGUGAUUAAAACUUACACAAAGUUAAGUUACCGGCGUAAGUGAAGUGAGUGAAAUUCAGUGUAAUAAAGUGGAAGCCCCCUGGUUAGGUAUACAAACGAGUUUACAAAAUGUUAGUUAUAAGCUAAUUAAGAAAGUAACCAAUAUUUGACAUCUUUUUCGUAAUUUUAACAAGCCACAAAUAAAUGAUCAAGCUGGUUA